CACUUUGCAGUUGUCUUGUGCUUUCAAUCUUGUGAAGAGAAUAGAAUCAUUCUUAUAAGUUUUCUUCAAGUGGCCAACUUUAAUGAUCAUGUUCUUUGUCUUAGCAAUCUUUACAGUUGUGGGAGUGUAUCUACUCUUGAGACUAUGGCAUCAUUCACUAUUCUUUUCACGAAAAAGAUUGCCACCAGGUUCCAUGGGAUGGCCCUUAAUUGGAGAAACAUUCCACUUUUACUCUGAGAAUCCAAACACCUUUUUCGCUGAUAAACAGAGGAGGUAUGGUGAUAUAUUCAAAACAUAUUUUCUACGAUGCCCUUGCAUUAUGAUUGCAAGCCCAGAAGCUUGCAAAUUUGUACUGGUCAACAACUCCCAAAUUUUUAAGCCCACAUAUCCUCCGAGCAAGGAGCGAUUGCUGGGCCAGAAUGCGUUAUUUUUCCAUGAGGGAGAAUACCAUGCACGCGUCAGAAAAUUGGUUCAGUCUGCUAUUGGUCCCAGUUCUAUCCGCACCGUUGUUCCCCACAUUCACCACAUAGCCCUCAAUAUCUUGAAGACAUGCGAAGGCCGCACCAUAAUUACCUUUUACGAGAUGAAAAAGUAUGCAUUUGAUGUGGGAAUUCGCUUCAUAUUCGGUCAGUUGGAUGAAACAUAUAAGAAAGAGCUCAUCGAAUACUACAAUAUUCUGGAGAUGGGUUACAAUUCAAUGCCUCUCAAUCUCUUUGGGACUCGUUUCAAUAAAUCUAUCAAGGCGAGGAAGAAGCUCAGUGAGAUAAUGAGAAAAAUUAUGGCUGAAAGACGAGCCAAUAAUGUGGCACACAAGGAUCUGUUGGAGUCAUUAAUGGCGUUCAGAGAAGAAACAGGAGAGGGUCUGAGCGAGGAGCAGAUAACUGACAAUGUCAUUGGCGUGCUCUUUGCAGCUCACCAUACAACGGCUACUGUUUUGACAUGGUUUAUCAAAUUCCUCACAGAAUAUCCUGCGCUUCUAGAGGCUGUCACGGCAGAGCAAGAAAACAUUCAACGAAACAAGGAAAACAAGCAUUCCUUGAUACUUGCAGAUACCGAGAAAAUGCCACUUACAACCAGGGUGCUUCAAGAGACUAUGAGAAUAGCAUCAGUGAUAUCCUUUACAUUCAGGGAAGCUGUUGAAGAUGUUGAGUACAAAGGUUUCAUCAUUCCCAAGGGAUGGAAGGUAAUGCCACUGUUCAGAAACAUCCAUCACAAUCCAGAAUGGUUUCCAGAUCCUUACAGAUUUGAUCCUUCCAGAUUUAAGGUUCCUCCAAAACCUAACACUUUCAUACCUUUUGGGAAUGGAAUCCAUUCUUGCCCGGGAAAUCAACUGGCACACACAGAGAUCCUGAUACUAAUGCAUCAUAUCACAACCAAGUACAGGUGGGAAGUAAUGGGUACUCAGGAUGGAAUUGAAUAUGAUCCCUUCCCCAUUCCAAACCAGGGAUUUCCUAUAAGGGUGACCCCAAAAGCAAUAGCAGACUCUGGUCCAAGCCAAAGCAAUCGAUUCAGAGUUGAGGAGGGAGGAUCCCUGGCUAAGUAGAGCACUUUCUAGAAGAUGGACAAUCAUUUGCAGAUCCGUACGUGAUAACGUGGAGGACUAGAAUUUUAUUGUAUAUUGUACGAAAUACAGACAACCAUAAGCUAA